UCGUAUAUAUAAACGUCGAGUGAACUGCCUCGCAAUUGCCAGUGUUCUACGACACUCACGUGAUAAUACAUUUCAAUAUUAUUUUUCUUUCAUAACGAUGUUACGUUUUUUCCUUUUGACCGUGGCAUUGACCGUGGUGAAGUCAUCUCAUCUGUCACUGGGUGAGGUCGAUGGUCUUCACUCCAUUCAGCCUAAGCUGAUUUCACAGUCCGUUGGGCUCCACGAAGUCCCGACAAAAGUAAUCAGGAUAACAAAAACGGUAGCGGUCAAAGUUCCGGUUCCUUAUCCCGUUAAGGUCCCUCAUCACAUUCCGGUGCCGGUGCCGGUAAAUCGGCCUGUGGCUAUUCCAGUGCCUCAAAUAGUGAAAGUACCGCAUCACGUACCAUUCGAGGUCUCGAAACCGGUGCCUGUGGAGCUUCAUCAGCAAGUACCUUUAAUAGUAUCGCGACCGGUUCCGAUUCCUCAUCCGGUUCAGGUUCCGCACCCGGUGCACAUUGACCGUCCUGUGUUUUAUCCGGUUCCCCAUGGAAUACCAUACGAGAAAUUUGGCCACGAGCAUGAACCGGAACACGGAAUCUCGCCGUACGGAAGUGGCAGCGAUGAAAACAGCGCUCACGAGUCAAGAUCUUACACUUAUUAUACGAUCGACUCCCCUCAAGAAGAGGAAAAAUCCUCCGGAUACGCCGAACACUCGAGAAGCGACCAGCAACAUUUCCAGCCGUCGCAACCAGACUUUCAGGCCUCCCAGCCUGACUACACGCCGACCAAUCACUAGUCCAGACCGUCAGAAUUCAUGAAUUUUUUGUACUUUUGUACCGUUUGUUGUUGUUACCAGAAUUUUGUUGAUUUUAUUUUGUUUAAUAAAUUUUUCUAAGAAUUUUUGGCCGCUCUUUUCAACGCUGUACUG